CUCACUAGGCGGAUCUUCUAAUAGUUUUCAACUUGGUCUAGAGAGAUCGCUGUAUUAGACUGUGGAUAAAUAAAAGCACUAACAAGGCUUUAGAACUAUCAAGUUUAGCAAGAGGUUGAGCUUCCACUGACUAAAACCUGCUUUGUCUCUGUAUCACAGGCCACACACAAGAUGGCGGCCGAGCGGUUCCUUCUCCCGCCGCCGCGUCCCCGAGAUCUCUCGUCAACGUCAUCUUUGAGCGACAAGGAGUGAGCGAGCGUGCGCCUCGUGCUUGCGACGUGAAGCCCCCGGGGGAGCGGCUCUCGCUGCGCCAUGGCCGAGGGGGAGAGCGGCCUAGUUGGGGCGGCGGAGCCGACGCCUCCCCCCUGCGUGGAGCUGCCGUCCUUCGAGGCCGCGCGGGAGCUGGCGCAGAGCCGCUACUCCUGCUUGGUGGUCACGCCGCACAGGAGGCACGUCGUGCUGCCGCCUCGGUUCCUCCACCGGAAGCGGACGGGGAUCCGCGCGCGGCUGGACGCUGAGCUGCGGCGCUACUCCGAGAGUUUUCAAGGAGUUCCUGUGGCAUACGGUGACAUUAGAAUAACAAAUGAACUGGGUGAUAUAAUUGAUGACCUGGGAGCCAUCCAUUUUGAUAUUGAAGCAAAUUAUAUUGUUUUUAUACCAAAACCAGGGAAAAAACUUGUGGGUGUAAUAAAUAAAGUGGCACCUAGCCACAUGGGCUGUUUAGUGCAUGGGUGUUUCAAUGCUUCCAUCCCCAAACCUGAUCACAUACCAGUUGAUGACUGGAAAAACCUUGGCUUCCAAAUAGGUGAUAGGCUGGUUUUUAAAGUGUUGUAUUUUGAUUCUGAUGCUGCUGGAGUGUUCUGCAUCCGAGGAAGAUUGUGUAAAAGCAGCACGGGGGAAAAAAUACCAAAGGAAAAACAUGAAAUCUACUCUGAUGUGCAGGAUGAUACACAAGAGAUAGAAACUGGUACAGCAACUGCAGGGGUUGUAACAGGAGAGAUACAGAACACUGAAGAUGGAAUAUGUGAUGAAAACCCCAAGAGAGAAUAUGAACAAGAUAGAGCAGACCUGGGAAUGCAUGCUAGUGACUCUAGUGGCUACCACAGUGAUCGCAACAAAUCUAAGAAAAAGAAAAGAAAACUUUACGAUGAAGACAAUGAACUUCCUGGAUUGUUACAGCCCAAAGCUAAGAAGAAAAAAAAGGACUGAACUAGUCCAAAAAAUGUCCAAAGAAUGUCCAAAGUGCCUUGACUGAACUCUUGAAUCGGAUAUAUUGGAUAAUUGUUGAACUUGAUGUAUUAUCAGUUUGAUUGGAAGGGUCCCACUGUACCAUAAGCACAUGGAAAUUGUAUAUUAAAUACAGUUAAUACUAAA